AUGGGGAUUGUUUCAGUAGGCAAGGAUCAAUGGAUCAUGGGCAUUGCCUUCUGUUUUGGCUGGGAAACACAACCCAAUUCCUGCAAUCUCAUGCGUGAAGUGAAAAGAUUCGCUGAUCUAAGCUCUGAUGAGAUUAGUGACUUAUGGGUUACUGCAAAGGAAGUUGGUGCACGUCUUGAGCAGUACCAUAAAGCAUCGUCACUUACCUUUGCUAUCCAGGAUGGUCCUCAAGCUGGCCAAACAGUUGCACAUGUCCACAUUCACCUCAUCCCAAGGAAGAAAGGGGAUUUUGAGAAAAAUGAUGAAAUAUAUGACGCGAUUGAUGUGAAAGAGAAAGAACUGAAGGAGAAGCUUGAUCUGGACAUUGAGAGGAAAGAUAGAACCAUGGAUGAAAUGGCUCAGGAGGCCAAUGAGUACCGUGCUCUUUUCUCCUAG